CGAAAUAAAAGUCCCCGGAAAUGCUGCGUGUGUUUUCUUUGGGAAGAGAAACUAAAGACGAAGUUUGAAAAACAAAGUGCAAACUGACGACCGUAAACUGCGCCAGUAUAAUUUGUUUGUUUCAUGUUAAGUCUUUGACGAAUCGAUUCGUUGUCUCUAUAGGAGGACUCGGCGAUUUGUUUGUAAAUUUACGGCGUGAUAUACUGCAAUAACCCGUUUAAAUGGUCUCUAGGUAAUAGGACAUUAUGAAGUUAAUUUGUAUAUGUUUUAACUAGUAUUGUUUUUGUUGCCUGUAGCAACAGUGUUGUGUUUGUACUAUAGCCUGACCGUGCUUAUUAUCGAUUAUUUGUAUCGAGUAUAAAUUUGCAUAUCCAAAAUGACUGUGGCGGUGUUUUUUGGCUGUGCUUUCAUCGCGUUUGGUCCUGCAUUCUCCCUGUUUGUUUUCACUAUCGCUAAAGAUCCACUAAGAGUGAUCAUACUGAUCGCAGGGGCAUUCUUCUGGUUGUUGUCACUGCUGUUGUCCUCUCUGGUGUGGUUCAUCGCUAUGAAGGCCAGUAAUGCUGAGGAUGGGACACUUAAGAGAGGACUCCUGAUUUUUGGAGUUUUCUUUUCAGUCUUUCUGCAGGAAGUGUUUCGUUUCGCCUACUACAGACUGCUCAGAAAAGCCAACGAGGGUCUGGCAGCCAUUACUGAUGAUGCGAGUGCAACUAUUUCAGUCCGUCAGAUGGCUUACGUGGCAGGAUUGGGAUUCGGGAUCAUGAGCGGUGCUUUCUCAAUGAUUAACAUCUUGUCUGACUCUCUGGGUCCUGGGACCAUUGGCAUUUUUGGAGAUUCACAGUAUUACUUCAUAACAUCAGCUCUGAUGACUCUGGCAUUGACUCUUCUGCAUACUUUCUGGGGUGUGGUGUUUUUCGACGGUUGUGAGAAGAGCAGGUGGUGGGUCAUCAUUGUGGUUGUUUGUCUUCAUCUGCUGGUCUCUGGUCUGUCGCUCUUACACCCAAUGUAUGAGGGCAGUUUACCUCCUGUGUAUGUUAUAACACUGCUGAUGGGCAUUUGGGCGUUCUUCUCAUCUGGAGGGUCACUACAAAACCUCACUGCGCUCUUCACACGUGGAAAAGAAGAAAGGGAAACUUCAUAAGACAAAAUUUGUUGUAAUCUCUCAGAUUGAGAUGCAGGACAGCAGAUCUGCGGGGUUUGCUGCUCGACUGAUGGGCAGCAGUUUGGGAAAGGUCACAUUCACCUGCUCAAGCUCGAGGUGACCAGACGUGUCCUCUUCAACACACAUGAUCUUAUAAAGGUCAGACGGGCUGCGGGACUUUCAAAGAAGCACUGUAAAUAGCUUGAUCCAAAUCCACGCCAACGAGAUUUUCUGAUUUCCGUCAGACAUUUCAAAUUAUUUUGUUUUAAAAACAGCAUUCUCUGGCUUUUGUUUCAUGGUUUUGAUUUUAUUUGUUAAAUGUCAUAAAAUGAAGCCUUGUCAAUAAUAAGGCUGUUUUUAAGGGUCAAUGAUCAACCCUUAGGAUGUCCACCAAUUUCACACAUUAUUAUAUACAAGUAUUAAUAUACACAAGCGUGUACUUAUGCACAUACUUCAUUGUAACAUAUGAACACACAGUGAGAAAAUUCAGAUUUGAAUCUCUUCUUAAAUCCAGUCUUAAUGUGCAGUUAUACAUUGUUUUAAGCAGUUAUAUUUAAUCAUUGUGGUUAAUUUUGUCAGUAAAAACACGCCAGCAGCUACACAUACUGGAAACAACAUCCUUCAAACUGAACAAAAUCACACUGUUGAUGGCUCAAUUUUUGUGUUUUAAGAGUACCAUGGAACCUUUAUGCAAAAUCUGGAUAUUUCAGAUCCUUCUGGUGCUGGCCUGUGGUCCUGUCAGGUUGUGUAAAACAAAUCAUUUCACAUUUGCAUGAUGCUGUUCAGUAUUGUGUAUAAUGCUUCUCGCUUAUUUAUAUUAUUAAUCUGAUCAAACUAUAAGUUGCGUUACACUAACAUAGUUUAAUUCCUGCACCAGCACACUAACAUCUGUUUGCCUUAAGAAAGCAUUCAGCAGUCACUUGUGGUUGGGGUAGCCGAUUGUUGUGUGGGCCUAUGUUGAUGCAGAUUUCAUGUAGCUGGACCACAUUAAAUUUGGUGCUCUGUUAUGUUUCAGUUCACUAAAUCGUGUUGCAGAUUUGUAUUAUUUGGUGAAUGUUUUUUUCUUUACUCAUGUCCUGUGAAAGCCAUUUCUAGUCCACAUUUCAGUGUAUUUGAUCAAGUGUUAGUAUGUUGGUGUUUGCUAUGGAUCUUAUGUUUGAGUUCAUAUACUUUAAAUAAUAAUAAUUUGGUGCUUUUCAGAAUUUCAAUUACAGAAUGUCUUUUUGUAUGUGAUAUUUUGAUGCUGCUUUAUAAACUUUCUAAAACUA